AUGUCCACGACGAUGACUCUCACCAUGGCAGAGGCACCAGGCAUGCACGCCUGUCCCAACUGCGGCGUCGGGCUGCCUGAUCACACCGACCUCGCAUCCGACGCGCAGAAGAGGAUCGAAGACCUGGAAGCCCAAGUGCGACUCUUGAACGCGAAGGCCACGGCAGCCGUCGACCGAUGGGCAGACUACGAAGACGAGAUCCAGCAGCUUAAAGCGCAACAGCAGCAGCAUAACGACCAAGCGGAUGAAGAGAGGGAGAGGGGACCUACUAGUCCUGGACGACCCUCGUAUUUACCUAUCCAGAACCGCCUUUCUUCUUUCCUGACUGCGCGAAAAUCGACGCCGAACUUAAGGCCUGGGCAACCUCCAAGCACGCCUACGGAGACGGAGUUGGUUGCGGCGCUGACGAGAGAGCAGGCGCUGCGGCAGGCGGCGGAGAAGAAGCUGGAUGAAGGGAGCGGAGAGCUAGAGGAGCUGAGCGCGCAGCUGUUUAUGCAGGCCAAUGAGAUGGUGGCCACGGAACGGAAAGCCAGAGCGAAGCUGGAGGAAAGAGUGGAGGUUUUGGAGAAGAGGGAUACGGAGAAGAGGAAGCGGUUGGAGAGGCUUGAAGGCGCGGUACAGAGGAUUGAGAGGGUUAGGGGACUGCUUGCGCCGGGAAGCUGA